AUGCAUAAUGAAUACAAUUCUAGCGCUGUGAUAACUGCUGGCUGUAUUGAUCGUCCAACUCGUCAUAGUCAUAUCGUUAAAUUUUUUGCUAAUAAUCAGUUUAAUAGCAUUAGCAAUACCACCAAAUCACCACGAGCAGAAGCAUCGUCGUCGAAUCGCCAUUCAACGACCACAGAUAUCAUUGCCUCGUCCACUUCAACCAUCUCAAAAGCUGCAUCUGCAACAGCAACAGCGCCUGGUGGUGCUUUACCCGGACUCGAUAUGCAACUAGCUUAUAUCACAAAUCGAAUCAUUGCUACGCUGUUCCCUUCGGAUGGUACAGAUGCACAGUACCGGACUGGUCUCAAAGAUGCUACAGUUAUUCUGAGGAGAAAUCAUCCAGAACAUUACAAGAUUUUCAACGUAUCGAAAAAGCGAAGUGACUUGGGUCGAUUGCAUCCAGUCGUUGAGUUGGGAUGGCCUCAAGAGCUGUCGCCGCCACUCGAUCGUCUUUGUUCCAUUUGUAAAAUGUUCGAGAACUGGUUAGCAGUGUCUGGCGAGAAUGUGAUCGUUGUGCACUGUAAAGGUGGAUAUUCUCGAGCCGCGAUUGUUAUUGCUGCUUAUAUGCACUACAUUAGUAUAUGUUCUUCUGAGGAGUCAAUCUCGGAUCGUUUUGCAAUGCAACGUUUCAGUGAACGUUUCAUUGGUAACGAUGGACAACCGUCACAUAAACGCUAUGUGAAUUAUUUCGCUUCAUUAUUAUCAGGUCGUAUCAAAAUCAAUCCAUCAACAAUUUAUUUACAUCAAAUACGAUUUUGUAAUUUUUCGCCUCGAAGCAUUUUAUUGAAAAUCUACGAACGAAUGCAACCCGUCUAUACAACACCUCUUACGUAUGUUUUAGAAGUUGGCGGUGGAAGGUCGAAUUUUGAUACUGCCGAUUUACCGAUCCGUGGUGAUGUAUUGGUGAAGUGUUUUCAACGAACGAACAUCUCUGAACGUUCCGCAUUCUUUCGAUGUCAGUUCAAUACGUGUACAUUCGACUUGUCGAAACGCGAUGGCACAAUAUUUGUGCUGAGAUUUAAUAAAGAUGAAUUGGAUGGUAUUUUUAAUGGUCAGUCGUUGUUUCUAUAUGGAUUCAUUUAUCGAAGCGAAUCGUUACUCGGUGACGGCAUAUCGGUUGAAUACGCUGAAAUUCAUCGGCCUGCAAAUAGCACUGAUUCGGGCAUUGGUUCAGAUUCAACGAAUAUUCCGAAAGAAAAAGGAGGAAUGCCACCCGUUCCUCCACCAAAACCACGGCUGAGUGUUGAAGCAGGAACUAGCAAACGAGACAUCGAAACUGAUGACAUCAGUAGCAAAAGAAAUGAGCAACAUACAUCACUGUCAAGAUCACAUUCUGCGCUACCAUCGAUCGUGAGGCCAACACCAACAACACGGUCUGAAAGUCCAAUGGAUGGACGUUCAACACCAUGUAUUGAACCAGAUCUCGUUGCUAAAGACAGGUAUGAUCCAGCAAGUAAGUGCUUUUCGUAUGUUCCUGCGAAAGCACUGAAUGAGCAUUUUACAACGCCACGAAAACCGAUGCAAUGGCAGCGGGUGGAGGAGCCACGCGCGCUCGAUACACCUCCGUUACCGUCCGAAAUCGCAAAAGUUCCAGUGGUUUCUACCGAGUUGGUGCGCAGACCUGAAACACCGAAAUGGGACGACGAAAUCGAUAAGAUCACAAACAAGUACGCUUCUUCAAAGAAACAACAAGAUGAAUCAACAACAACGAUCAAUGGUGCAGCUGGUGAAAUAAUACAAGCUAAAGACGCAUCACUAACUAAUGGUCGUCUCCUCCCAGUCAAAUCAUCCAGCACUACAAGUCCUGCAUCCAAUGUUUCCAAUGAAAUAUUCGAUGAGACACAAAUCGAAGAAAAACCAAUGGUUAUUGAGCAAGCGAAACGCGCAACGAAACGAAGAAAAACGAAAUAUGGCUCAUACAAAACUUUGAACGAUGAUGCAUACAAUAGUGAUAUGGAUGACUUGUGUGAUCCUGAUUUUUACUUAUCAUACGGUACAUCCUCUUCAACACCGCUACAACACUCAUCAGCAGACGCUAAAAGAAAUGCUGGAAGUAAUGAACCAUGCCAUCUCCAAAUACCUUUCUCCUCCGCUGUAGCCACAUCAUCAAGCAAGCAACAACCCUCAUCAAAAAGCGUUGAAUUACCUCGUAAACCGCUCAAAGAGAUCUCACCAAGAGAUCGGCUCGUUAUUGAUGAAGCAAUUUCAACACCAACGACAACAUCAAAACCCGCCACUUCAUUGAGUGAAUUGAAUCGUGAGCGUGAUUCAUUCAGAAGUCGAAAUUGCCGAUCUGCCACUUCUGCACCAAUAUUCAGAGAAUCUCGUACAGCAACAAAUCGAUAUAGUGAUGAUCGUUACGAUUCAUUAACUGAUGCCGAGAGUGCAGACGAUUGGUUGAAAUCGCAACUGAAGAAACUGAAAACGAAGCGAGAUAAUAAUCCUGAAGUGCUGAGAAGGAAACGACAAGAAAAAAUGCUACUUGAGGAAUUAAAGCACGCAAGUGAUGAUCGACAGUUGGCUCGAGGUCGAGAUGAACGCAAUUAUAGUGUGGAAGGUUAUGGCCAACGAACUGUUACGGCCUCAGAUGAUGCUCUAACUGAAUAUCAAAUCGAGGAGGAACGUCUUAGAAACACACGUUCACCGUAUCCUGAACAACAACAUCAAUUCAGAGAUGAACAACAACCAUUCACAACACGUAGAGUGAUGCCACCCAAAUCAGCAACAGACUUUGUUCGACAUAAACCACCAACGCCACCACCUCGAGCACGCUCCAGAAGUCCACCAGCGAGUCCGUAUCCACGACGAUCGUUCGCUCGCACUCCAACUCAUGAAUCACCUUAUCAACAAGAACGUAACAAUUUGCAAAGGGUCGAAGAUGGUGAACUUAUUAAUGACGUUGAAGAUGGCGGUGAUUUCAGUCAUCUCAAAAAUAUCGUUCAGUUUCACGACAGAAACGCAGUGCCGCCAGCUCCUCAUUAUCAAGACGGCGUCUCAUCGUUCAACAACAACAACAACAACAAUGUCAUUUCCACUCGUUCAAUUUUGAAACGAACUGAACUAAACAAUCAUCAGAAUUGGUCGCCUUCACUCACUCGAAGAAGCAUGCAACAGACUCCAGUUGAGGAGGUCUCGCUGAUAUCUUCAACUACGAAUCGGACUCCAACGCCGUCGUUUCCAGUACGUCGAGAAACACCCUUACCGUAUCAUCCAUUGCUAUUUAAUGGUGCCAGUGAAGGACCGAUCGCAGUCAGCAAUACACUUAAUUACAGGUCUGCUUCACCACGUUCACUUUAUUAUGCACAGAGCCGACGUACGUCAAUGACAUCGUUAGAAGCAGGUGACAUAAUUCAUCAUCAUCCAGUGUUCGUAAAGGAUACUUCUAAAUACUGGUAUAAACCAACGAUCUCGAGAGAAGAAGCGAUUAAUAUGCUUAGGGAUAAGCCGCCUGGAACAUUCGUUGUUCGUGAUAGUAAUAGUUUCCCUGGUGCAUUUGGUCUAGCACUCAAAGUUGCGACACCACCACCUGGGAUUCAUUCAGGUGAUGGUACGGAAUUGGUGCGUCACUUUCUAAUCGAGCCAUCUCCAAAGGGUGUUAAACUAAAAGGCUGUAAUAAUGAACCGAUUUUUGGUACCCUCUCAGCACUCGUCUAUCAACAUUCAAUAACCGCACUCGCACUACCCACCAAAUUAUUAUUACCCGACUAUGAUCCUGCAUCAACACCUGAACACAUCAGUGCUGCACAAGCACUUCUUCAGCAAGGCGCUGAAGGGGUUUGCGGUGUUGUUUUCAUAUCGUUUCAUAGCAUAAAAAUUUUGAGUAGUCCAUCGGUUUUGUUGAGUGAAUUGAAUGAUUUGCUUGAAGCAGCAGCUGUAGCGAGAGAUUCGACCACUUGCAAAUGGUACUGCUCUGUUUCAGCAUGCAAUGUGACCUAUAUAGCAUCGUUGGAUACUGAAUCGUUGACGGGUCCAGAAGCUGUGCGACGUUGUAUUGGUGAUGCACUGGAGUUGUACAGCAAAAAAUUGGUUCAGCCGGUCUCGGUUCAUUUCAAGGUAUCUUCUCAAGGAGUCACUGUAACAGACAACACAAGACGACUUUUCUUCAGACGACACUAUCCAGUUCAGUCAGUUACCUUCGCUGGUAUCGAUCCGGCUGACCGAAGAUGGGAUAAUUCGUGCAUCAUCAAUGAAGGCCUGACGAGUUAUGUGAAGAGUGCAAGGAUGUUUGCGUUCGUGGCACGUAAAAUCGGCUCACGCACCGAUAACGCAUGUCAUGUGUUCGCUGAACUUGAGCCUGAACAACCGGCCUCAGCGGUUGUCAAUUUUAUCACUAAAGUUAUGAUGGGCAGAAAAUGA